AUGCCGCGGGGCUCCUCCAGCGCCGGCACUCCGGACGUGCCGGCCACCCCGCGCGUCAUCUCGCCCAGCCCCACGCCGUCCGAGCUCGCCGCGCAGGACACUUAUUUCGGCCCGACCACCAGAUCAGCAGCCCGGCGGCGCGCGGCCCCGGGCAUAACGCCGCCGAUCCCAGAGUCGCCCGACACCGAGUCGGACCCCGAACUGCGCCGAGCCCGCACGCGGUCGAGGAGUCCCAAGAGAGCCAGGGCGGCCCGCAACGGUCUCACGGCGUCGACAUCGACUACCACCCCGACGUUGCGGUCAGGCAAGUCCAAGAAGCAGGACAAGGCGGUCAUACCCGAAGAGACACCCGCCGAACUCCUCGCCAAUGGCGCCAUCGUCACGUCCAACGGCCACCUCGCGCCGCCUAGCAGCAUAGGCGGCGUGUCGACCACCAACAAGCCGACCUCCUGGAGCUGGCGCGACUUCAGCAGGAGCCCGAGCCCGCUCGGGCUGAUCCCCGUGCACCGGCACUUCCGGAAAUUCGUCCACAAGCACGAGGUGCCCCGCAAGGUCCUGCACGUCUCGAUAGGCUUCCUCGUCUACUGGCUGUACGUGUCGGGGACGCAGACGUCGGCCGUCACCCCUUGGCUGAUGGGCUGCCUGAUCCCGAUCGCGACGACCGACUUCCUGCGGCACCGCUACGCCUCGCUGAACCGGCUCUAUGUGCGCUGCCUCGGCGCACUCAUGCGCGAGUCCGAGUACGCCGGCUACAACGGCGUCAUCUUCUACCUCCUGGGCACCUGGACCGUCCUGCACUUCUUCCCCAAGGACGUGGGCGUCGUCGCCGUCAUGCUGCUCUCGUGGUGCGACACGGCCGCCAGCACGUUCGGCAGGCUCUACGGCUGCUACACGCCGCGCCUCCGCAAGGGCAAGUCCCUCGCCGGCUCGUUUGCCGCCUUCCUCGUCGGCGUCGCCACCGCGGGCUGGUUCUGGGGCCUGCUGGCGCCGGUCACGGGCCCCUUUCCCGGGGACGACGCCCACCCGUUCAUGUUCCGCGGUGUUCUGUCGCUGCCCGAGUCCGUCAGCAGCCUGUUGCACCUGUCCCCCGCGCAGGCCACCAUCACUGGCCCGCUCGCGCUCGGUGUAAUGAGCGUGUGGUCUGGCCUGGUGGCUGCGGCGAGCGAGGUCGUGGACCUGUUUGGUUGGGACGACAACUUGACGAUACCCGUGCUCAGCGGGGUUGGCAUGUGGGGGUUCCUAAAGGUCUUUGGCUAG